AUGGACCAGAACGGCUUUUCCGGAAAGCUGACCAGGCUGAUCAAGGUGACGGUGGAUGGAACGCAUAGCAGUAAUUUCAAACGACAGAACACCAUCGACUCAGCCACCAUUAAAGAGAAUACGGCCAGACUAGCCGCACAAAACCAGAGGCCGGCGUCCAGUAUAACCAAGCCGAUCACAUCGGCAGACAAUUCAUCGAUCUCCAGUCCGGCGAAACCCCGUACCACCAGCACGGUCAGUAGCAAGUUCGAUCCCAGCAACGGCAACCGAACGGUGGGGCCGAGUGCCGGCAUGAUGCCGAGACGGUCCACCACCCUGUACGAGAAGACAUCGUCCACGGAAAAGACAAACGCCACCACGGAUUCAGCCUUCAUUGGCCCGAUACCGGAAUUCACCCGCGGUAGUUCCGCCGGGGCUGGCAGUGGCAAAGGGCACGUGAAAAGUGCGUCCGUCUCGAGCCCGGGACCGUCGGCCGACAGUAGUGUCAACAGCGCCGCCACUACCGAUCCCCUCCGUCAAAGACAACCGGCUCCAUUUCCCAGGAAUGUUCCAUCGCGAUCGACCUUCCACUCGGGCCAAACCAGAUCCCGAAACAGUACGGCAUUCUCCGGAACCGGUGGCACCGUGGGUGAUUCGCCACACACCGGCAAAACAUUUCUGCAAAGACUUACGACUCGGUUCAGCAAACGGUAAGUGCCAACA